AUGUCUUCUCUAAGUUGGGUUCAAUCAGACGCUGAAAAGGGUUUUGGCUCCUCGAAGAACUACCCUUGCGAAUUUUCUCCCCUGCCCCAGGAUGCCUCCGAACCAGACUCCGAUUCCAAUCCCCUAGAGGCUGAUGAACCUAAAAGGCUUGGCCCCAAAGACUUUUUCUUUGGCUUCCUGUUAGUAAUGCUCACGCUGCCGAAUCUGCUUAUCAUUACCCAUAUGCUUAGCACUCCUCCAGGGGGACCCAUGCUAAAUCCUGACACAUUCUCGGUGUCAAACUUCAGCAUCUCCGACUCAAAACUGGCAGCCACAUGGAAUGCUGACUUUGCAUUUCGGAGCUCCCUACAUCACCAUGAAUACGAUUACUCUAGUGUUACAGGUACCAUCUACUUCAAGGAUAUUAAGGCGCUUAAUGUGCUUUCUGUGGCUUCUGCGAAGCCUUUCGUCUUAGGAUUUAAGGAGAGGAAGACUGUGCACAUGAAGUUUGCAACCAUAGGAGAGGAAAUUGAGCAGCAAAAGAUUGAAUAUUCUGCUCUUGAUGAGCUGAGCAAGGAUCGGGAAACUGGAACGGCUCGUUUCAGUUUGAAGGUUGAUGUGAGGUAUAAAUCCAAAGUUUGGGGAACAUAUUUUCCAAAUGUUUUACCCUAUACGGAUCAUUAUUGCUGGAAUCUAGUUGUCCGAUUUGAGGCUGAUACAGGAAAUGGUAGGUUGAUCGAUGGGGGACAUAAAUAUUGUCCUUUUUCUCCUUGGUAA